AGACUGACUUACACGUUCUUGAUAAUUCCUCUUCCCCUCAUUUUUUAUACUCUUCUCCCUGCUUCCAAACCCUGUGUCUGUGUGUUUCAGUACUAUCACAACCUCUGCUAAAAAUAGAUCUUUUUAUACCCUUCCUCCUCUCUGACCCCAUCCAACACCCCUUGUUAAGGUAACAAUCUUACACCCUGAGCAAGAAAACUAAAUUCACUUGGCUGUCCCAUAUCUCUAAGGAACCUGAUGCAUGAGUGGACUAGAGAAGAGACAGAGAGAAAUUCUCCAAAGACCUACAGAUCAUCUGGCUGGCAGGGUCAAGUUUUCUUUGGAUUGAGGUGGAACUGUAGCUCAAGGACAUCUGAUCUGGUAGAUCCUGCUUGUUAUUGAUGACCUGCUCCUUCUCAACUUACCUGGCCACCACAAGCUGUUAUACUGCACGUGAUUCUUCUCUCAAUUUACAAACAUACUCAACAUUUUUAGAUAUCUUGAGACUGCAAAAGCUGACCACCGACAGCAGGUUUUUAAAUAUCACUGCUCUUCUGAAAAGUUGAUUGAGUGAAUAGAAGAAAAAAAAAGAAAAAAACGAAGCUACCUUCAAGUAUUGAAGAUACAAGGCCAGGAUGAACACGAAGGACGGAAAAGUGUCUGAAGGAGGUCUCAAUGUCACUCUUACCAUACGCCUUCUCAUGCAUGGCAAGGAGGUUGGAAGCAUUAUCGGAAAGAAAGGUGAGACAGUGAAGAAGAUGAGGGAGGAGAGUGGUGCUCGAAUCAAUAUUUCAGAAGGCACUUGUCCAGAGAGAAUUGUGACAAUAACAGGCCCAACAGAUGCAAUUUUUAAAGCUUUUUCUAUGAUUGCACUAAAAUUUGAAGAGGACAUCAACGCUUCGAUGACAAACAGCUCGGUGACAAGCAAACCGCCUGUAACGCUGCGGCUCGUUGUCCCAGCAAGUCAGUGUGGGUCCCUCAUAGGAAAAGGAGGUUCCAAAAUCAAAGAAAUCAGGGAGUCCACAGGAGCCCAGGUGCAGGUGGCAGGGGACAUGCUGCCCAACUCGACAGAGCGCGCAGUGACCAUAUCCGGCACUCCCGACGCCAUCAUCCAGUGUGUGAAGCAGAUCUGCGUGGUGAUGCUGGAGUCCCCACCCAAAGGUGCCACCAUCCCCUACCGUCCCAAACCUGCCUCUGCACCUAUCAUUUUUGCAGGUGGCCAGGUAAGAGCAGACACCAUUUUGGCUUCAGCUGGAAACCACACCGUCCUGGCCCAGCCUCAGCCAGCGCCUGCGUUCACGAUUCAGGGGCAGUAUGCCAUCCCUCAUCCAGACGUGAGUCCAGCACAUUUGACCAAGCUUCACCAGUUGGCUAUGCAGCAUCCCCCCUUUACUCCCCUUGGGCAGACCACCCCUGGUUUCCCUGGACUGGAUGCCACUACUCCAACCAGUUCCCAUGAACUUACUAUUCCCAAUGAUUUAAUAGGCUGCAUUAUUGGCAGACAAGGCAGUAAGAUAAAUGAAAUCAGGCAGAUGUCAGGAGCGCAGAUCAAGAUUGCUAAUGCCACAGAAGGCUCCGCAGAACGACAAGUUACAAUCACAGGAUCCCCUGCAAACAUCAGCUUAGCACAGUACCUCAUUAAUGCAAGGCUGUCUUCAGAAGUUACUGGCCUGGGGGCUCUGUAAUGUAUCUCAUCAUGCCCUAGUGCAUUAGCCACCAGACAGGACUUUUCCAAAGCCCCAUGAGACAAUGCUUUCUAUGGACUAAUCUACAGAGGAGUUUCUGCCAUUUCUAACUUUCUUAUUAUUCUGAGACAUCAAAAGAAAACACUUCCUUUACUCUUUAAGCAACUGUGCUUCCUAACUCUUGUGUUGCUUUCAUUACUGUUCCAGUUUUAAUACUGUUGUGGCUCAUAACAUAAAGCAGAGACAAGUUAUUUUCGGGGGUUGAUUUUCAUUGAUGUUCAUGCUUUGGCUAAUCUGUAUAAAAGCAUGGGCCGUUAGUGUUCUAAACCACUGUAUUCAGCUAGAGACUCGACAGUAAGUUAAAUGAGACGUUUUUAUAAAUAAAUUUUUUUCCUGAUUAAAAAAAACAAAAAAAGACGUGGUAGCUUUGUGCAUACAACUGUUGUGUUGUUUAAACUUUGUUCUUUGUAACCAAGUUGCUAACUUGUCGUUGAAGAAGCACUAUUUUAUGGAUUGUCAAACUAAGAUCACAGACAAAUUGCUUGUUUUCAAUUCAUGAUUAAAGGUUUCAUAUCAUCACGCUUAAGGUCCCAGUGCUCAUUGGGAAACAGUGUAACAUCUGUGCAAGACUGGCAACCUUAGUAAGGAUGUUAGCCCAUUGUCAGGCAUGAUGAGCCUCUUCAGGACUAGAGGGAGCCAGACUGUGCAAUUAGUAGAGUCAGCAGUAUUUCUACAAAACUUGAUUCAGCUUUUAACAAAACUGCUCAGUGAGAACUUCCCACACUGCAUAGAAAAGACAAAUUUGGCUUCAUGUUACAAGCAGCCACUGAUUUAUAUCUCUGGUCUUUUCCCAGAUUGAGCUAUAGAUCAGAUACUGGGGAAAGGAAAACAGGAACAAAAGAAUGAACUUGGAUGCUGAGUACUGUAUUACUAAGGCCCUUUGUAAUACAUUCCCAGCAGCACUGCCCUGUGCAAGGCUUCCAGUCAUCACUUCCACCCUGCCAGGAGCCAGCCCAGCAGUUGGGAGGAGCACGGCAAUGUGCAGUAGGACAGGGAAUGGAGAGCAGAGCAGGCCCAGGAGCUGUCUCCUGCUGCCCUGACACUCUGCUCCAGCUGUUCAACCCCUCCCUUGGAUCUGCUGAAGCACUGCAGUCACAGCCUCGAGUCUCUCUUGACACACAAGCCAAAGGAAGGGGCUGGCCCUGAGCUGCUGCUGCAUUACAGCACCCCUGGCUGUGCUCUGGCCACCUCUGCUUUUGGGACACUGUCACAGGUGCAGCUCUGGCCUCAGGAGAAAGCAGGCUUUCUGGCCGUGCAAGAGUAGCAUCCUUAAUGACACAAGACUGUACAACCUCCUUGUCCCUACUCAGUUAAAGGUCUCUACCUGCCUUCAGGGAUUGAGCUUGGGGUCCUGCUUCCCCUUCUUGCCCCUGCAUAUGGCGGCAUCUGACGAUUAUUCCCCAUGAUCUCCAGAGUACGGGCAGCUCUCAAGUCUGAGCCUGGAACCAGGGCACAACCAGGAUGUGCAUGCAGACUUGGAGACCUGUAGAAAUCAACAGCUUUCUCAAUACAGAUGCAGCCACAGAACAAGCCCUGAUGAUGAAGGGUGCCAAGGGCACCCUUACAGAACAGUUUGCUGCACCUCUGCACCAAGGAGGCAUUGCCCAAUGUUGACAAUUAGCUAUUGCAACCCUAAGAAAAACUAUAGGCUGUAAUACUAAUUUGAUAAAAUUCUCUGUUAUUAUUACUUGCAAUAUAUUUUUAUUACUUAAAAUGUAUUUAACUUGUCAUUCUUGAAAGGAGAGCUGAAGCUGGUUUCACAGCAGAGACCUCCAUAAGUCUUCAUUUCUUCAACAGCAAUUUUCUAUGGCUAGCCUGGAUACUGUAAAUGAAAAAAAAAUAUAUAUUAUUGCAGCUCAACACUAAGUAGGUCAAAGCUUUGCUCUCCCAGUAAAGCUGCCAGGCAAAGGGCAGCAGCAGCUCUGGGGUGUAUAGUAUCUUUCACAUAAAUAAUUCACAUGUGGCUUGCAGAACUGAAAGAUUUGAACAAACUAGUGCAGGGGCACGUCUAUGUGAGGAAUGAGGAGAGGUAAAAUAAAGACAUAUGGACUAAGAAGGAAGUUUUCUGAGAGGGUUUUUGCAAAAAUACAGGCAGAAAUGUGAUAAAUUCUAAGCUUAUUUUCAUUAGUUUAAUAUUAUUUCAUAUUAUAGAAAAUUAUAAUAAUAUAAUAUUAUAUAAAAUAUUUCUGAAUGCAAGAAAAAGCUUCUCAUAUCUUUAAUAUACAAAACAGCCAAACAAAAGACAAGGUGGUAAAGAAAAAAGGGGAAAAAAAAGGAUAAAGAAUAAUAGUAAACAAGACAGAAAAGUAAACCACUCAUGCCCAAAGGUAGAUAAGAGGCAUGUACUCGCUCUGAAAAGGUCACUGCCCACACAAAUGUGACUUUCCAGAUGAAAGACAGCAGAAAUUCAGCAGCUUUUGCGUCAUCAAAUUGGAAUUAGGUUUCUGGAAACAUCUCAAAUGAAUUGAAGCAGCUCUGUUGUGUUUCUCAAGUGAAAAAACAUUGACAGCAUGAAUGCUGGCUGAAACCAGAAGGAAAAUAAACAAAGUUAGUCCUCUGCUAAUACACAGAGUGCUUUCUGUUUUCAGGCAUAGCCAGAGGGCAUCUGUGAGUCCCAAGGUUCCCAUUUGGGCCAGUCAAGCUCCUAGGAAGCAGCACAGUGUCAGUGGUGCCAUGAACAGAGGCACCUGGGAAGUGCCUCAGCCUCAGAAGGCUGCACAGGCAAAGUGCUGUUUGUCAGGUUUCACAAGACAGACUGAAAACCCAAUUUCUUCCGCAGCCUUAACACCAGCUGAAUGUAUUUCAGCACUGUUUGUAUUCUUGGGACAGGACCUUCUCCCUCUGAAGUGAGUGUCAUGACUAUCUAAAAGUCACAAUGCUCACUGAUCCAGUGGCUCAACAGUGGCACAGCUUCUGCAGGAAAGACUGUCAUUGUCAGGCUGCUCGACUGGGUGACACAAAGUGUGUGUUCAAAGGACAGCAUUGAAAGGGGGGAUUUCAACAGAGAUCCCUUCUAUCCCCUGUAACCUCUGCAGUCACCCAUGGUGCAAGGCAUUAGUGCCUCCACUGUAUUUUUGGAAGAAAGACCUGGCUUAGAUGUCUACACAAAGGAACUGCUCACAUUUGUUCUCCCAGCUCUUGGGCCAGGAUAAUUCUAAUGAACUGAUGAACAGAAGAUCAAAAGAAGGCAAACACUGAAAAACUGCUUCACACAUGAAAUUUCCAUCUCUUGGCCCAAGCAACACUUUCUAGGGAUGUAAGUCCUUUCUAGGGAUUGAUAAAAGUACACACUGCCCUUCUUGGCACUGAAGUGUACUUAAUUCCUUGGUUCCAGGAAGGAAUGCAGUAAUGUUGAUUAAGUCAGUUUCUGCAUCAAUGCAUGUGUCCUGUCCCCCUGCAGACUGGCAUGUGUCUUAUGACAGUAACUGAAAUUAAAGAGUCAAAGUCAUUUGAUGGUACCUAACAAAAGGGAAUUUCUGUAACAUUACAUACACUGUGGUUUCUAAUGACACCUACAGCAUGAUUCAUGCAGGCUGAAUGUCUGAUUUUCUAGGGCUACUUUUAUGAGUUAUCAGAAAAAAAGUAUUUUUAAGUGCUGAAAAUAUUUAAUAAUAUGGCUUUUCUCAUUCCUAGUACAGUGUUUUUAAGAUGAUAAAAUGCAGAGAAUCUAAUUAUAGUGGAAUGUAAUAAGCAAAAUUUGUCUCUCCUCAAAUUGAAUUAUUGGCAGGAGGCCUGGCCAAAGCUGACAUUAAUGUUCUUUUCAAUCAGUAUUUGCAAUUUGAAGCAAAUUUUAAAAUUAAAUGCUGUAGCAGAGGAAAAACAAUCAUGUUAGCAAAUGAGAACAUUGGUUUGCUGUUAUUUGGGUUUGUUGGCUUUGUAUGGUCACUUUUGGGCUCCUCUGUACCAAAUACAGACCUUGUUCCACACCUCAGCCAUGACAGCAGCAGCUGAUUUCUUCAGGGCAGGAGAGAAGCUGGCACAGCAAUUACCAUUGCCAGAGGAGAGCUCACUACCAGCAGCUGUAGCUAUGGUGAGCUGCUCCCUGGAACUCCAUUUCAAACAUGCAGACACACAUUCUGCCCCUGGAAGUCACUUGCCAGCUCCAAAACCACUGAGCUGGGGAAUCUCAACUACUUUUUGGUGGCAUGAAAUUCCACAGCUCCUAAGUUUGGACAACUUUCCAUUAUUAUAUGAAUAAAUAAGGAUUACAAAUGUCUUCCUCCCUAACUCAAAUAUUUCAGUUUUCUGCAAGUCUUGCAGAUCCAAGAAUUAAAAUAGUCUUCCUAAUUCCAAUUAAAAUUUCAUUUUUAAUACAGAGCUAGUUAUUAGGAUUACUUUAAUCUUUAUUGUUAAGAAACAGAAUUCAAAGAAGUUAAGAAGUGAGAAAGAAAUUAAGUACAUAUUUUUAAAACAAUCAUUUCCUCUGGUUUAUAAUCUAUCUGAAUAGCUCAUCAGAAGUACAUAAAAUUGUUUUCCAAAACUGAAGACAUACUUAAGAUUACAAAGUAAUUAUCCCAAUGUUUUUCUAAGAUACAGGAGAUUAUUUCCUUUAAUAAAUUAGCUUGAUUACUAAAUGAGGUUAGGAUACUUCUUUCUUAUAGCCAUGCUUCUUCUCAUAGCCUGCUAAAAAGCAGGAUGAUUACUUGCCCUCUUGACACAGCACAUGCACAUCAGUGGUCACAAGAGACAAAGACACUCCCAUCAUCCUCACAAAGCUCUCUAAAAGCUUUGUUUCGAAUGCUGAAGAAAGGUACAGUUGUAUGCAGUAAGCUGUAAAAAACUUGGAUAGAACACUAGAGAUCUGUGAGACUCCUCCAAGGAAAAGAGCACCAACUCCUAAACAAGACACAACCAAGAGGGAUGGAUCCUGUCACUUCCCCAGGAAUGCACACCCGCUGGCUGGUCCAUGUUUCUCUUUCAGCAAGUUAUGCAAGGAGAACAAGUAGAAUGAUGAGUGAUCUGGCAAUUAUUCCUGCCAUCUUCUCCUAAUAACAAUGGGGUGCACUGGUUUGGAUUCAAAUGUUCAAGAUCCCUGCACUGUAACUAAACUCACUGCCUUUAGCUUCUUACCACAAGAUACCUCUAAAGAUGAAGGCAACUGGACUAAAACAGCUGAACUGUUUUAAUACUCAGUUAACUUCCUACUCAUCCACAGCUGAAACCAUAAUUUGCAGAUUUCUGUGCAAGAUGAAAGUAAAAUUACAGAAAAAUGUACAAAAAGGAAGUGUAAUUUAUAGACUCAGAGAUUAGCAUUUUUAUACUGUCAAAACAUGCAUGUCCAUGAUGUAACCUGACAUUCAUUACACCUGUUUCCCUGAAAUUAAGCCAAAUGCAGAGUGGUUCUGAAGUUUUAAGUGUUAACAAGCUUGUGUGCUUUGUUGAGUGGGGUCAGUGAAAAGCCAAGGUAAACAGAACCAUCAGAAAGUUAGCUUUUCUCAGAGGGAAACUGGGGGACUGUGUUUAGGUUUGUUUUGAAAAAGACUGUCCUGUUAAUACUGCACCACCCUCUCAGCUGGAAGUUCUCUUUGCAGGAAUUAAUGGAUCUAGAGAUCUUUCACUGCACCUCAGACAUGGAUGUUCGAAUGUUUCAUGCUAUACAAAGACAUUUUAUUUCAGUUUUGGUCCAACUAAGUUUUCUCCAACUUGUCCAAACAUUCAUUACUUAUUUCAAUAUUCUCUGAACACUUAUUCUGUAUUUCAAUACUCUCUGAAUAUUGCCGUCUCAGUGACAGUCCUAACUCAUGUAAGACUUCAGCGUCACAUCAAACAUUGCAGCAGCAGCAGCAGCCACUUACACUUCCUCUUAACUAACAGCUGUAAGCCAGCAUUUGUGAGCAGCAAGGUGUGGAUGCAAUAAACCACUAGGGAGCAUUGCCUGAAUUUUGACAGCUUUAUAAAUAGGAAGAGCUGAACCCAAGGAUCACAGAAAUUGGGAGUGAUAAAAAAGCAUCUCACUAUAAGGGCUUCUGCCAUAUCAAAUAUUUCCCCCAAAACAGGCAAAUCAAACAUCUAAGAUUUGUUCUAAUCUUUAUUGCUUGGUUGAUAAUCAUCUCUGAGGCAAAGAACUGGAAUGCUUUCAUAAGAGCAAAGCUUGUUUUCUCCCUUUAAAAUCUCACUAGCUUUAAAUCUAGAAUAUCAUUUAAAAAGGUUAACCUGUUCUUAACAACUUCACUUUUUUAUAUCAGUCAAGCCACACAUCCCUCUUAUUUUUAAAAAGUCGUCAGCAAAUUUGAAGUAUUUGAUGAUUUACAAAAUUAAAAAAAAAAAAGUAGACACUUACCAAAGGUAGUUCUGCUUUC